GUUAUCUGAGUCAUAUGAUGGGCACAAUCUACCCAGAUUCUCAACUUUACAGUUUCAUCAUACAUUACUUCUAAUUGUUUUCCUUGUAUUGCCACCUCGACUUUAUUCUUCUUUUUGUGUGUGCGAAACUGCGAAUGAGCCGCACAAGGGAAAUACAAAUUAUAAACGGGUGAGGGGGAUUCGAACCGUGAGUCGUCAAGACCUUAUAUGGGUUCCUCGACUUUCUUGUGUCUUACUAUAAAGUAUAAACCCUUUGUGUUUUCACAUUUGUUGACCAAAAAACAUCCAAAAUCUUGUCUUAAAUAAUUGUACUCAUAUUAGAUCUGAACUACAGCCUAGAUUUGAGUAUCGAUUUCUGUUUUAAAUUAUGUUUAAAAAGGUCCUCACUGUCUUGAGACUGAAGGCAACGACAAAUUCCCCCGUCAAUGCUUUGACCCAUACCCUGCUUAAGAUUCGUGAAUCCAACCUGGAAAUAUAUUGCUCUCUUUCUUGUAUUUGUAUUUGUAUUUGUAUUUGUAUUUCUACACAUUAAACUAAUCGUUACUCUGUUAUCAAUCUGCUUAUAAUGCAUACUAGUACUCGUAAUUUGUUUCCCAGAUUUUUCAGUUAGUUAUGUAUAAUUUCCCAAACCGUUACAUAAAAGCAGUCUAUGCACAUUAAAGGUACAAUAAAUUAAUUAAAAAAAAAACCACACGGAUGUUAUGAAAUAAGUUUCAGCUAACACCUAAAUGUCAGACAUUAAAAUCCAAAAUGAAUCAACUGUCUGUCUCUCCCAAAGCAUUAACCAAGAAUAUACAGUAGCUAUCAACGUACAUAUGAAAGAAAACACCCAUUCUGUUUUUAAUUUUUUAUUUCUAUUUAAUGCUAACCCCACAAAAUUAAAGAAACUUAUGCUAAAAUUUAGGAUUGCAUGAAAAACUAACCCCUUUUCCUAAGUUUAAGGGAUAAUUGUUAAAUUACCUCUUUUAAUCCAACUUACUAUUCUUGUAAAUACAUAUAUUACUUAUUAGCAAUCUAUCAGCCAUUCCUUUUCUUGUCAUAGGAGUAGAACAAGGACACAAACAACGAAAAUUCACAUACAAUUUGUAGCAUUUUUUUCAAGGUGAAAAUAGAAACUCAUAACAAGAACGUAAAUUGUUAACUUUCUUCUUCCAUAGUUUCUAUAAUUUUUUUUCCCUUUUGAAAAGCUGCCCUAAAAAUCUAAAUUUAAAAGUUUAAUACAAAGAUAGUCAAAAUAGCUAAGGAAUUAGAGCUAGUUGGGCAAAAUGUUGGAAAUGUGGGUAUUGAUGAUAAUGCCUUCACUUCCCUUACGGAGGAAGAGAUGGAAAAUGCAGAGAAGAUGGAGGCACCGCUGAUUGGUGGACGCCACGGUUAUGACCGUAAGUCUUUUUCCGAGCUCCACUCAGCACCGUCGGUGGUGCUCAGGGCGGAGGAAGGAGAGGGUGGAGGUGAUUAUCCUCCUAUAAGGAGUUUUGGAGAUGCUAAGCAUGUAUGGUGGUCAGAGUCCACUAAAUUAUGGGUCAUUGCAGGUCCUAUUGCCUUCAAUAUCCUUUGUAAUUAUGGUGUUAAUUCAUUCACUAAUAUCUUUGUUGGCCAUAUUGGUAAUGUUGAGCUCUCAGCUGUGGCCAUUUCGCUUUCUGUUUUCGGAAGUUUUGUCUUUGGUUUCAUGUUUGGUAUGGGGAGUGCCUUAGAGACAUUAUGUGGGCAAGCAUAUGGAGCAGGGCAAAUACACAUGCUAGGAAUCUACAUGCAAAGAUCUUGGCUUAUCCUCUUGAGUGCUUGCUUCUUCCUUUUACCUCUUUACUUGUUUGCUACACCGAUCCUCAUGCUCCUUGGUCAGGAACCCGAUAUAGCAGAACUUGCAGGGAAGUUCACCAUACAAUGUCUCCCUCAGAUGUUCUCACUUGCUGUGAAUUUCCCGACUCAGAAGUUCUUGCAAGCACAAAGUGAUGUCAAAGUCAUGGCAUAUGUUGGGUUUGUAGCCUUGAUUGUCCAUGUCAUAAUGCUUUACCUCUUCAUUGAGGUGUUUGGGUGGGCUACUAUGGGUGCUGCUUUGGCGUAUAAUAUAUCUGGGUGGGUCAUUGCAUUGGCUCAAGCGUUUUAUAUCAUUGUUUGGUGCAAGGAUGCUUGGACUGGCUUCUCUUGGUUAGCUUUCCAUGACCUUUGGCCCUUUGUAAAGCUCUCUGUUGCUUCUGCUGUUAUGUUUUGCUUGGAAAUUUGGUACUUUAUGAGCAUCAUUGUUCUCACUGGCCACCUUGAAGAUCCUGUUAUUGCUGUGGGUUCCCUUUCUAUUUGUAUGAACUUAAAUGGAUGGGAAGGCAUGCUGUUCAUAGGAAUCAAUGCUGCUAUAGGAGUUCGAGUAUCCAACGAGCUUGGAUCAGGAAAUGCAAGAGCAGCCAAGUACUCCGUGAUAGUCAUUGUUGCUCAGUCCCUCUGCAUAGGUCUUCUUCUAAUGUGCGCUGUCAUGCUCACCCGGAACCAUUUUGCUGUGAUAUUUACAGAAAGUAAAGAUAUGCAAAACGCUGUUGCUCAUUUAGCCUAUCUUCUGGGCAUUACCAUGGUGCUUAACAGUGUCCAGCCAGUCAUAUCAGGUGUCGCGGUUGGAGGAGGGUGGCAGGCCUUAGUUGCUUAUGUAAACCUGUUUUCCUACUAUGUUAUCGGACUUCCUCUGGGAUUUUUCCUCGGCUAUAAGACUCCCUUAGGCGUGGAGGGUAUUUGGAUAGGAAUGAUAAUAGGGACUAGUCUUCAGACAUUUAUCCUUGUUUACAUAGUUUACCAAACAAACUGGAAUAAGGAGGUAGAAGAAGCUUCGGAGAGGCUACGGAUAUGGGGUGGGAAAGCAGAAGAGUCACAUGAUGAUAAAAGGGCCGUUACCAUGGUGGUUGUCCCAACAGAAUCACAUACUUCAUAGGUUUACUUUAUUUUAUGCAGAAACAGAUUACAGAUAGUUAGGCAUUUAGCUUUAUCUUUAUCUUUGUCAAUUUUUUUGAUCGAGUUUGUAGUAACUUUUGUGAGCCUAGUUCAUAUAGUUUCAUGAUGCAUAGACGAUAGACAUAGAAAAUUACAGUGAUACUCUUUCAGAACUUCAAAGUUGAAACAUCAACUAUAUACAGUCUGUUGGUGACGUUUCUUC